AUGUGCAUGACAUGCAUGACAGUAUCGGGCUUCCAUCGGGCCCCCCCCCCCACUUUCCCCCGCGACUCUCCGUUGGCCGCACGGAUCGCCCAGCUCCAACGCACCCACCAUCUUGCAACGGCCAUGUCGUUUCCUAUUUACGUCAAGUCAAUAGUAAAGUACAAGAGCCCACAUCCACAAGACUUGUCCUUCCCCAAAGGUCACACGCUUCGUGUAUGGGGCUAUGCGAAUCGCGAGACCCCAACGACGGAGCCAGCCGCCACUGAGGAAAGCGAUGAGGACGAUGAAGACGACCAUUGGUAUAUGGGGGAGUGGCUCGAUGGAUCACGCAAGGGUCAGUUUCCUGCUAGCCUUGUGAUACGUGUCGAAGCGCCUGAGUCUGAAGCACAUCGGGCUGUGUCAAUCUCAUCUGACACCACGCCUCUGGAACCAAAGGCUCCUGUCGCUUCCGUACUUCCCUCCGCAUCCACAAAUUCAAGCGCAAAUCUAGAACUUGAGAAUCCCACCACAUAUUCCGAUCCCAUCUCCAUCUCUAGAUCAUCUAAUUUGGCACGGCCUCAUGGUUGCGGUGAGUCGGAUACGUCUGCCUCUGUGGCUCAACAUGUGACUGGAUCUAUACCAAACGCCGACCUAACAAGCUCGACAAUGCUUGCACCAACAUGCCUUCCAUCUAGUACUAACAAUCAUGCAUCUAUGCCUACCUCGGAAACUUUAUGCACACAUUCAAGUCCCGAACCAGCAACAGCAGUACCUGGGCCUGUGUCAGUGUCAGACCCUCAUCCGGUACCGGAGCCGAUGGAAUUGGCUCAAGGUUCAUUACCUUCUCCUGAAUCACCAAAAGCUACUUGCACCAGACCAGUAACUUCAGAAAUGAAUGCGGGACGUGAAGACUCGCCAUCACAAAAAACUGAGCCAGUCACGGAACAUGUUUCAGUGCCGCUUACACACACAGCACCUGCAUCUGCUGGUUUGAUGCCCGAAGAAGGUUUACCUGAGCAUGAAGCUAAAAACAUACCCUCUGCUGAGGCUAUUCUGGUGCCACCGUCUGAAACUGAACUUAGUCGGCCUCAACCGAUAUCCAAAGCUACACACGAGUCUACCUCGGCACAUUCCGAACAUUCGACGUCGGAGUCGAUCCGAAAAUCACCCGUCGAGUUAGAUGAGUCGCAGAAAAAUUCCAGUAUCGUUCUUCCUUCUACAGAGGACUCACCCACUAAAAACAAAGCUGACGUCUCGACUUCCAGCCCAUCGCCUGCCAAAGACCCCAGCAGCAUGUCUCUUCGUGACCGUAUCGCAGCCUUCAAUAAACCAGCUGUAAAGACGCCACCACCCAUCCCCCGCGCAAAACCGGGAGCAUGGAAACGUCCACCACCAGCAGAAGGUGAGCCCAAGCCAUUGCUGCCACCACAGAUGCCAAUCGCUUCGGCUAAGACGCCAUCACCUGUAUCAUCCGAGUCAAUCCGCAACUCUGGUGACACGCACUCUACACCUGAAAAGAUUGAUGCUAAAUCAACUGAAGGUUCGGCCAAUGGCUUUAGUGCUUCGGAUGCUAAAAGUAGUAUCAAAAUGAGCUUGAAGGAACGCAUGGCAGCUUUGCAGCGAAACGAAAGUGUUGUAAACAAUCAGGUUUCAUCGACCGAACGGAAGCCACCCGUAUCAAAGCUUGUGAAUCCACUUGCGACAGAAGGGCCGCCUCCCGCUGAGAACGAAGAUGAAGUAGCACGACGAGCUGCAAUUGCUCGGCGGAUGGCUGCACUGGGUGGUCGCCGUGUUGAAACGGGCUUAUUUGGUCAUGCUCCUACUCAAAAAGACAAUUCUGCUCAAGUCCCUCAACAUGAUUUAGAGGCAGCAGCAGUCGAUGCAUCGCAUGAGCCUAAGCCUUUACCUGCUACCAACCCAGAUUUAGAUGUGCCACCACCAGCUGCUGCAGGCUCGGACUCUGGGCCACAAACGCUGGUAAUACCUCGACGUACCCCUGCCCCUCGCACGCGACGCACCAAGCCAGCCGAGGCGAAAGACGAGCCAAAAGAUGCACUCGGUAACGCAGCAAGCUGCGCUUCUAGAAACGUUCCAUCGGAUUUGAUAAUGGGUACGCCUGGGGAAAGUAAAAUUGAGGAACCAUUCCAUCCGCCGACAAAUGUACAGACAGGGGCAUCGAGUGAUAGCCCAGUAAAUCCUUUGAACUCGCCAGUCCCAACUCUGCCGCUCAAGACUCCGGCAGAUGCGACCAAAAACGUUUCACUGAAUGACCCGGCCAAUGCUCGCAACGAAAUGACAAGCCAUGAGCCAGAAAACGUCCAAGACGAAAUGGUGCACCAGUCAGGGGGCAUGCACAUCGAUAAGCAAUCUCCCGCAACUGCAAGUGCUCAGCCCGUGACUCUUGAUUCGCGAAAUGAGGGACAAGAAAGAAUGCAUGCAACACACACAGAUAAUGAGUCUGAUAAGGGCGGGCAUCUGCGUUACAAUCCGCCCACAACCUUUCAUCACGUAUCGCAGGCAUCGCCAGAUCAGAACGACCCUGCACCUGAGUCUGAAGGGCAUCACAUGCCCUCGUCGGACGUUAUUUCGACAGUAGAACCCGUUGAAUUGGUCCCAGCUUUUCAUGACACUCAAGCCGUUCAACAUGACGACAGAUUACCCAAUGAUUCUGCGGAAGAGUUGAUGAAAUCUUAUUCAAAGCCAGUUCUCGCUCCUUAUCAAAAACACGAUGUCACUUUACCAAGAUCACAAUCCUUCGGGUCUGUCCAUCCCGUGCAUGAGCCAGAGCGAAAGUCUUCAGCACGAAGCUACUAUGCCGCUGAGUAUGACUCUGCCAACAGAGAUCUAGUACACAAUGUCAUGUCAAUGGACAUUCUUCUAAGUUGCAGAAUUGUGAAAACUCCCCUCCCCAUGUGA